AUGAGCAACAACGAUUUUUGGGACAGUAGCGAUGACGACCAAGAACCAACCAGUGUAAAUAAACCAGACCUUGAUGAUUCCUCCGAUCAAGAACAAGAUGGAAUGGAACAACAAAAUUCUACAGAAAAUAACAUUAAAGAAAUGUUAGAUAAAACUGACGAUGACAAACCAAUAUUCUUACUCAGCCAAUUUCCUUCAGAAAUGGAAGUUAAAUUUACCACUGAACAAUAUCCAAUUAAAGUUUCUGAAAAUGCUUUUAAAGUACCAUCAAAUUUCACUAGAUUUGGUUUGUCGGAAGUCAUUAAUCAACUUAUUGCUCAAGAAAAUGAUGAACAUAAACAUGUUCCAUUUGAAUUCUUGAUUGAAUAUAAACCAGGAAAGAAAAUCUUCUUGAGAACAAGUCUUGCCAAGUUUUUUACUAAACUUCAAAUAUGGCCAGAAUCAUCUAUCACAUUAGAAUACAUUGAAGCACAACCUGCACCAAAGUGUGUUGAUAGUAUUCCUCAUGAUGAUUGGGUUAGUGCACUUUCAUUAGUAACACAUCCGAGUGGAGCUGAUAUUCUUUCUUCCAACUCAAAAGAUAAUCAAUAUUUAGUUUCAGGAUGUUAUGAUGGUGUUGUUAGAGUUAUUGAUACUUCUUUGGGUAAAAUUGUUCACCAAACUAAGCAAUCUAAGGUACCAAUUACAUCCUUAGCAACUUGUUAUGUUACAUCCCAACAUUUAAGUGAUUCUGAUAAGACAUACUCAUCCGGUGAUAUAAUAAUAGCAGGUGGUGGUAAAGAUGAAUUUGGUAGAGUUUGGGUUUCAAAUCCAACAGAUUCAAAGAUGAGAAUGAAAAUGUUAUUGAAUGGUCACACUGAUAACGUUAAUGAUAUUUGCUUGCAUCCACGUGGAACCAUGAUUUGUACUGCAUCAGAAGAUCGUUCUCUUAAAUUGUGGGAAGUUGAUUUGGCUAGAACUAGGGAAAACCUCUUCUACGAAAAUAACCAUGUACAAACUAAAGAUGAUGAUAAUGAGGAUUAUAAGGAACCAUCAAAAAAGAAGAAAAAGAUGCCAUCUCAAAUUCAACAAUAUGCUUGCAUUGGAACAUUGGAAAGAAAUGAGAAUGAAAACCAAAAUGGACACUUGCUUGGAAUCAAUUGUGUUAGCUGGAUAGAAGGAGGUAGAAUUGUAUCAGGAAGUUCUGAUCACACUAUUCGUGUUUGGGAUGUUACAACAGGAACCAAUUCCAUAACACUCAAUGGUAGUAAGGUUGUCACCUCGAUAUCUGUUAGGGAAAAGUCUGAAAGUACUACUGUUUUAAGUUCUCAUCCUGACUUUUUGAUUAGAAUGUGGGAUGCCAGACAAGGCGGUUCAAAGAAGGCCUCUCUUUUUAGAUCCCACAGAGGUUGGGUUAGAAAGGUCAAGUGGGUGAGCGAUUUUCAAUUUAUUUCUGGUGGUGAUGAUAAUGUUGUCAAAUUGUGGGAUAUUAGAAGUGGUAUUCCAAUCCACAGUACUCCACACUCUGUCAAUCCUGAAAGAAAGACUAUUUCCACAGAUAAGGUUUUGUCUAUUGAAGGUUUUACUCCAUCUGAAGGUCAAAUCAAGGAACAAAGUCAAAAUGGUCAAUCCAAGUAUCAUUUAUUCUCUGGUUCAACAGAUUGUACUGUAAAGAAACAUUCCAUGAUGCAUCAAUAAAUUUUCUUUAUAAACCAAUCC